GAAAUUUUAUCACAUACUACACGCAUUUCACGUCGUACUGUCAGGAUCCGGGGACGAGGGAUUGAAAGCAUCGAAAAAAGUAUAAAGAAGACGACUCACUAGUUGUUCAGCAGUAAUACAAAUCAGGAGUUUUCUGGGAAAAUCAAAGGGAAGAAGAGAAAGGGAAAAUCCACUUAUUUAAGCCUUGUGAGAAGCGGGACAGCAGGAGAAAAGAAUUCACCUGUACGUUCGAAUGAUGUGACUAGCCAUUUUAUUUAGCCCAAUUCUGAGAUUUUCUUUCAUUCUACAUUUCUGUUGCGGUGAGCUCAUAACAUUUUGCUUAACGAAACUAACUGCGGAAAAUUUGAGCUCCCACAAAAAAAAAAAAGAAAAACUUCACGGGUUUGGUACGAGUGCGCGCCUGUUUGGGUUCGGUGUGUGGAAUAGAGUGAGCGCCAGCAGAGUUGUGAAAAGUUUAGAGGAGUGAAAAUAUGUCGUUACAGAAAGAGCUGGAUCAGGUGAUGAAGUGCAGAGGAGGAUCAGUCCUCGGGAAGAAGACCAUUUUGAAGAGUGACCAUUUUCCAGGUUGCCAGAACAAACGCUUGUCUCCACAGAUUGAAGGCGCUCCCAAUUAUCGUCAGGCCGACUCCUUACAUGUUCACGGUGUUGCUAUCCCAACAAUUGAGGGUAUUCAAAAUGUUCUCAAGCAUAUUGGUGCGCAAAGUGGGGGGAGAAAAGCACGAGUUAUUUGGUUUAAUCUUCGUGAGGAACCGGUUGUGUACAUUAAUGGACGCCCCUUUGUUCUGCGUGAUGUGGAGAAACCAUUCACCAACCUUGAGUACACGGGUAUCGAUAGGGAAAGGGCUGAGCAAAUGGAAGAUCGUUUGAAGGAAGACAUCCUGUUGGAAGCUGCAAGAUAUGGAAAUAAGAUCCUUGUAACUGAUGAACUGCCAGAUGGUCAUAUGGUAGACCAGUGGGAACCAGUGUCAUGUAAUUCUGUGAAGACACCACUUGAGGUGUAUAAGGAAUUGCAAAUGGAAGGAUACCUAGUUGAUUAUGAACGUGUUCCUAUAACAGAUGAAAAAUCACCAGAAGAGAUGGAUUUUGAUGCUUUAGUUCACAAAAUUUCUCAGGCUGAUGUAAACACAGAGAUAAUUUUUAAUUGUCAAAUGGGGCGUGGACGAACUACAACUGGAAUGGUCAUUGCAACUCUGAUUUACCUUAAUCGAAUUGGAGACUCUGGUACUCCUUCCUCUGUAAUUUUUUCUACUUUUCUAACUUGUGCCCUUUUUUUUUGG